AUGGAAGAGUCUGAGAAAGGAACUGAGUGUAAUUUAGAGCAAUCAAAAGAAGACUUGCUUUGGACACCUAAAUAUAAUAUGGAGUUUGAUUAUGAGAAAGCGGCAUAUGACUUUUAUAAUGAUUAUGGACACCAUGUGGGUUUUAGUAUUAGAAGAGAUGGUUGUGGUGGAGGUAAAUAUGGUGUACUUACUACAAGAAAUUUCGUUUGUUGUAAGGAAAGUGAGCCAGGGAAGGAUAAGAGAGACGAUUUGACAAAAAACCCAAUAGCACAGACAAGGACCGGAUGUGGAGCGCUUAUGGUCAUUAAGUUGGAUAGACCUACAGAGUUAGAUGGUGCAUUUAUAGACUUAACCGUAGAUUCUAGAGUUCCAUUGACGUCUACAUUUGAACUAAUGGGCAGACAAGCUAGGGGAAGGGAGUCAUUGGGAUUUACAAAGCAAGACUAG